GGUGCCGUUGCGGUCUAGAGGCGGCGGGCGAGCGGCGGGCGAGCGGCGGCGGCGGCGACGGUGGAGUCUGUGGUCCUGGCGCGAUGGCCGCCUCGGUGUUCUGCUGCCUGCGGUGCUGCAGGGACGGCGGGACGGGACACAUCCCUCUGAAAGAGAUGCCGGCCGUGCAGCUGGACACGCAGCACAUGGGAACAGAUGUUGUCAUUGUAAAAAAUGGAAGAAGAAUAUGUGGAACAGGAGGUUGUUUAGCCAGUGCCCCUUUACAUCAAAACAAAAGCUACUUUGAAUUCAAAAUCCAGUCCACAGGAAUAUGGGGUAUUGGCGUUGCAACUCAGAAAGUUAACUUGAAUCAGAUUCCUCUUGGCCGAGAUGUGCACAGCCUGGUGAUGAGGAAUGAUGGAGCCCUCUACCACAACAACGAGGAGAAAAAUAGGCUGCCAGCAAACAGUCUUCCGCAGGAGGGAGAUGUGGUGGGCAUUACAUAUGACCAUGUAGAAUUAAAUGUAUAUUUGAAUGGAAAAAAUAUGCAUUGUCCAGCAUCAGGUAUACGAGGGACAGUGUAUCCAGUUGUUUAUGUUGAUGACAGUGCAAUUUUGGAUUGCCAGUUCAGUGAAUUUUAUCAUACUCCUCCACCUGGUUUUGAAAAAAUAUUAUUUGAACAGCAGAUCUUCUGAAUGUAUUUGUUUUUGAAACUUGGGUUUCUGCACUUUUAAAAGUGUUUACCAUUUAAUAAAGCUUUACCUGACCUGUAGAUGAAAAUAUAUUCUUAAAUAUAUACUUGUUAAUGUUGUUUAAGGAACCAGUGUAUUCAAGAUACCAUCUGGAAGUUGUGAUUUAAAAUACUUUGUUUUGUGAGAUGAAAUCAGCAUUUGGGGCAGUUUAUUUAAUUCUUAUUUAAAUAAAUAUAACUAUGGGUUUGAUUAACAGUAUUAAGUGGAAAUAUGUAUAUAUAUAUUUAAAAGGGAAUCUUUCUUACAUAAAAUAUUUGUGUUUAUAAUAGAGAUGUAGAGUUGGGUGGGUUUUUUCUCAUUCUGAAAGUUAGACCUCAUUAACUAUUUUAAGUCUGCAGUCUAAUUUGUGUCUGAGUGUUCUUUUUCGUAUAGAUUAUACCAAAGUGAUAGAAAAUAUAUUAUUGGCAACUUCCUUUUUGGUGAUUUACUUACUGUAAAAUGUACCACUUUUCUUAAACGUUAAAUUGCUUACUUUGUAUGUCAUUGCUUUUAAUUUGCUUUGUGAAAGGAGGUAAAUGUUUUAGUAACUGUCAGAGCUUUUUUGUUGAAGACCAUCAUGCUGUGUUACUUCAAUACCAGAGUAAGUAGUGGUUGAUUGGUGAUGUAGUAUACACUGGCAGACAUUUAGAAUAGUAUGAUGCUUUAAACUUAAAUGUAAAUGAGAUUAUUCUUUUAAGAACUUCUAUUUAAAUGUGAGGUUUUUUGUAAGGAAUAAUAAAAUAAUAGUAAUUAAGGAGUAUUUAGUACUGUAUUAAAUACAUGUUCUUCCUGUUUUGUUAAUUAUACAUUAAAUUCACUUCAUCCUUGAUUAUUUCAGAAGUUCAGAGAUAAAUGAAUCCUCUCCAUGACCCUGAGCCUCUGCCAAGUCUUCAGUAAAGAUCCCUUCAAUACCCUACUGACCUGAACUAAGCACUGUACACACUCUGGUACAAUCUCCUUUUCUAGUGAGCCAAGGACAUGCACCUUUCACUCCUUUGUCAACAAGGAGCAGUAUGUUGUACUAGCAAACCAUGGGCAUUAGAAUCAGAAAUCUGAAUUGUAAUUUUGCCAUCUAAUCCCAUUACCUCCUCAGCUGAGUUCCUUAGCUUCCCUGAGCUCAGGUUCCCCAUUUAUAAAAGGGAUACUCAUACUUGAUGAGAUUCUGUAAUUAGUUAAAUAAGGUAAUAUAUGUAAAACACCUGAAUCACCAUAGGCACUUAAUAAAUGUAGCUUCCUU